AUGAAGUUUGACGUCUCUGAUACCCCGAUACUGCAGGAUAUACUUAUCAGAAUCAAGAAGGGUGGUAAUUCGCCAAUGCGUCCAACGCUUCAGCUUGACAUGCUCGAUGUCCCGGCAGAACUGGUCACAUUAGUGCGGAGCUGCUGGAGAGAGAGCUCCGACAGUCGUCCAUCGAGCGAUUUAAUAUGUGAACAGAUGAAAGAACUUAUGAAAGCUGCAGGACAAGCAAAUCUGAUGGACCACAUAUUCGCUAUUCUGGAGGAGCAUACCGUUUCCCUUGAAUUAGAGGUAAGCAGAUUUUGCAUUUGCUAUUCGACGGUAGCUGACUGCUCAUACCGACUGAGAAUUAGAACAACGUUGCAUUGUCUGUCUGCAACCCUGAGCAACCUUUAUCCAAAGGUAAGUUAUCCAUUCUCAAUCAGAAACAGCAGGUAACU